AGGGCGGGCCCGGGGAGGAGGAGAAGGAGGAGGUGGCGGGGGCGGUUUCUCCCCGUUAAUCGCCCCCGGCAGCGCCGGGCGGGGAUAAAAAGCGCCCCGCGAGAGCCGGCAGGCUCCCUUAGCCCUCCUCCGCCCCUUCUUCCUCCCCGGCGAUGCGCGGUGCGGCGGCGGGCGUGGCGCAGUGAAGAAGCGGCGCCGUCUCCGUCUUCAUCCUCUUCCUCCUCCUCGCCACCAUGGGCGACUGCGGAGCGCCCGGGGACGUGAACUCCAACGUGCUGGUGGCCCGCAGCACCGGGGACGCGCAGCUGGACAAGGCGGUGUGGCAGUGGCUGAGCUGGGACAAGAACCAGAAGACGAAGGAGCAGAUUGAGAGCCUGCUGCAGGACGGGAAGCACAAGGAGCUGCGGGAGCGCCUGUGCUGCCGGCUGACCUUCGGCACGGCCGGGCUGCGCUCGGCCAUGGGAGCAGGCUUCUGCUACAUCAACGACCUCACGGUCAUCCAGUCCACCCAGGGGAUCUACAAGUACCUUGAGAGGAACUUCUCAGACUUUAAGCAGAGAGGCUUUGUUGUUGGAUAUGAUACUCGAGGUCAGGUCACCAGCAACUGCAGCAGUAAGAAGCUUGCAAAGCUCACUGCAGCAGUCCUGCUGGCAAAAGAUGUACUUGUGUACUUCUUCUCCACCUAUGUCCCUACCCCCUUUGUGCCCUACGCCGUGCAGCAGCUGGGAGCCGUGGCCGGGGUGAUGAUCACAGCCUCCCACAACCGCAAGGAGGACAAUGGCUACAAGGUUUAUUGGGAAAAUGGAGCACAGAUCACCUCUCCUCAUGACAAGGAAAUUAUAAAAUGUAUAGAGGAGUGUGUUGAACCAUGGAAUGGCUCCUGGAAUGAGAAUCUGGUAGAUACCAGUCCCCUGAGACAGGAUCCUCUGAAGAAAAUUUGUGACAGCUACAUGGAGGAUCUAACAAAGAUCUGCUAUCACAGGGAGCUGAACGUGCAGACCAGUUUGAAGUUUGUCCAUACCUCUUUCCAUGGAGUGGGGCAUGAGUACGUACAGCUGGCGUUCAAAGCCUUUGGAUUUCAGUCCCCCAUUCCAGUACCGGAACAAAAAGAUCCAGAUCCAGACUUCUCUACUGUCAGGUGCCCAAAUCCUGAGGAAGGAGAAUCUGUGCUGGAAUUGUCACUGAGGCUUGCAGAGAAGGAAGAUGCCAGGGUAGUAGUGGCCACUGAUCCAGAUGCAGAUCGACUGGCAGUGGCAGAGCUGCAGGAAAAUGCCUGCUGGAAGGUGUUCACGGGCAAUGAGCUGGCAGCCUUGUUUGGCUGGUGGAUGUUUUCCUGCUGGAAGGAGAACUGCCCCCAGGAUGCCGAUGUGAGGAAUGUUUACAUGCUGGCAACCACAGUCUCCUCCAAGAUUUUGAGGGCAAUUGCACUGAAAGAGGGAUUUCACUUCGAGGAAACACUCCCUGGUUUUAAAUGGAUUGGAAGCAGAGUAAAAAAUCUCCUAGACAAUGGAAAAGAAGUUCUCUUUGCAUUUGAGGAGUCUAUUGGCUUCAUGUGUGGCACAUCAGUGCUGGAUAAGGAUGGAGUGAGUGCAGCUGUGGUCAUUGCUGAAAUGGCAACUUACCUGCAGGGCCAGGGCCUGACCCUGGCACAGAAACUCGUUGACAUUUAUGAAACGUAUGGAUAUCACAUAUCCAAGACUUCCUAUUUCCUGUGCUAUGAUCCUCCCACUAUCAAAAGGAUAUUUGAGAGACUGCGGAACUUCGAUGGCCCUCAGUCUUAUCCCAAGUGCUGUGGGCCUUACAACAUCUUGCACGUCCGAGACGUCACCACUGGCUAUGACAGCAGCCAGCUGAACAAGAAGUCGGUGCUGCCGGUGAGCAAGAGCAGCCAGAUGAUCACGUUCACCUUCCAGAACGGCUGCGUGGCCACGCUGCGCACCAGCGGCACCGAGCCCAAGAUCAAGUACUACGCCGAGAUGUGCGCGCUGCCCGGGCACAGUGACAGGAGUGUGCUGGAAGGAGAGCUCCAGAAGCUGAUCGCGGCUUUGAUUGAGAAUUUCCUGGAGCCUGCCAAGAACGGGCUGACCUGGCGCUCUGCGUAGAGCCCCGGAGGCACCGCGGGGAACAAAGACCCAGGGGCAGAGCCGGUCUCAUCUGUGUGUGUGUGUGUGUUUGAAACAGCUGCAUUCUUUUUCUGCAGAGAAGAAGCAUUCUUUUGUCAGGCUUUUCACCAAACGGGGACAAGGAGAGGAGGUCAAAGGAAAGGGUAGAAUUUGUUGUUGCAGUUUUCAGGCCUUUUGACCAAAAGUUGAAUUAACCCACACCAAUGCAAAUGAACUGCCCUAGAACUUCUGAGGCAGCUGAGCUUAGCUGCUUACAUCUUGUCUUAAACUGAGUUCAGGUACCUCGAACACCUUUUUUUUGUGUGUGAAAAGGUGUUUAAAGUUUUACAGAGUGGUAACUCUAAACUGACAGCAAAGGCAGCUUCUUCCCUGCAGCUCUCAGAGACCUUCCAUGUGGGUCUGCAUUUACAAAAGCAUCAAAGCAGAGCUCAGCAUUUCUUGUUUAGGCAAAUAAUUGUCAUUUUUCAGCUACUUAAGAAUCCUUCUGUUGGUAAAGGUGUUCUUGGGCAUUGUAGCUUUCCCCUGUGCAUCUCAAAAUAUGUGGCAGUGCAACAAUAGUGGCAACAGCUGCAGCUUGGGGUUGGAAUUGCCUGGAAGCUUUUCCAAGGCUUCCAAAGGAGCAGGAGCUUGGUCAUUCCGUGGUAAAAUUGCCCCUUCUGACUGCCAUAGGCUCUGUAGCUUCUCUUUGUCCCACAUCUCUGAAGGGUGUUAAUCUUUCUUGGUUUUCUCUAUUCAUUACUUGGAAUGAAGAAGGCCAGUCAGUGACUCCUUUGUUUUUGCUGGCCUGAAUUUAUGUUGUCUGUGUAUUAAAGAAGAAAGAAACCAAGGAAGAAAGUGGAGAUGAGAGACUGAUGGAGUUACUAAGUUGUGAUUUUUAAAAAAAUUUUUGGCCAUGUCCUGUUGGGUGUUUUCUGUUAGAAUAGCACUUUGUAAAUUCUAUUAUUCUUUAUCUUAAAGGGCAAAUUUUGAACAGCUUCUCUCAUUUUUCUCCCUUUGCUCAAGCAGCAUGUGAGACUGCUAAUCCCAUUUUCCACAAAAACCCACCCAAACCAAUACUAAAGUUCUCCUUGUGGUUAUCUAUUGGCUUUUGGACAAUAGAGGCUGUGUUUUGGCUCAGGAGAGCUGGUUCUGGGAGCUCCCUGCUGUCAUUGUCAGCAAGUCUAGAGAAGCAGCAGCGAUUCAGUGCUGCCUUUUGUCUGUGCUGGAGAUGGUGGGAGGAGAGCCCAAGGUGCUCUGGAGUUCAAGCUGUUGUUUUGCCGCUGUUGUUGCCUCUCCAAACUCAUUCUCCCUCGGAUGAUGCCCUCGCAGCUGGAUGCCACAGAAUGGCACAGGGUAGGUCUGAGUGAGUUUUCUCUCCACGGCUUCAGAGAGCCCUGAGGUUUGGGGGUUUCCUGCUGCCAGCAGCUUUGCACUAUGUUCAUGGAGAAGUAUUUCAGUGUCUGUGAAUGUACAUGUACCGGAGAAGGUCUGUGUUGCACAAAUUCUGACCUGUCACUGCUAUUUAUUUAUUUUUUUAUUUGAAGAGAAAGUAUCUCCAACUUGUUCUGCCAUUGAAUGAAAUGUAUCUAAUGCCAAAAGCUUGGCUUUUUUUACCUUGAUUGUACAUUUGACUGCCAUGGGGGGAAAAUAAGUAAACCCAGUUACGCUCAGAGUAUGCUUUUGUUGUUGUCCAUGCUGGGUAGGGCUGGGAAGGCAUUUCUGACUGCUGCUUUGACUUCAGCUCUCCCAGAAAGGGUGCGGAUCUGGAUCCCCACUGCGCUGAACUUGAAGGAGCUCUUGCCCUUCCUUCCAUUGGCAGCAGAUUAAACCCUGAGGCGUUGAGGAUUUUGUUCUCCAAGCAGUCAAGAGAACAAGUGACUUGGGACAUAAUUUUGAACAAACACUGUAAAAAGCAUAGAGUGUCUGUGAUGAGCCCAGCUGAGUAUUAUUUUAGCAGUCAAGUCUUGUGAGGGAUGGUUGUGCUUCUACAAAGAGCAGGAAUCUGCAGCUUCCCAGAGGUCUGCUUUGUGUCAGUAGGCAAGUGCUAGAAAUGGAGAAAAUGUUUCCAAAUGAGCUUUGCUGGAAGCUGGUACCUGUUCAUUGUCUAACUGUUUAAUUAAAGAAGAAAACUGAGCUGUGGGGUGUUAUGUAUCUGGGAUUUUCCCCUUGGAUAGGUUUGACAGUGAGCUGUAGCUGUAGUGAUGCUUUUGGGAGGACAGCAGCAGGCUCAAGGUGUUGAAUGUACUUUCAGGGUAUAAUAACUGUGUGCUGUUUUGAAACUGCUGCUACUGUUGUUUUCCUACUUCUUGGAACUGUUUGAUAUAUUUAUACUGUUCCAUUUCUGGAACUCCUUUAUCUCCUCCCUCUGAGCUUGCAUCCCUUACUUCUGUUACUGUGAAGCACUGGAAUUCUCAUUUCCUUGCCCUGUAACUUUGUUAUGCAUCGUGUUGGAGUUGACUUGGUUUGUGCACAACCUUUCUUGAGCUGUCAGCUGUUCUUUCCCACUUCUCAGAUAAGAACAAAAGCUUUUCUAACUUGACUAGAAAGCAGAUCACAGAUCAAAGGACGCUGUGGAUGUCAUUUCCGAGGUACUUCCAGGUAAACCGCGCCUUUUCAAAGGCUGGACACUGGCUAAAGCUGCGGUCCUACAGCCAUUGUGUUGGGUUUAGUGUUUAAUAAAAUCCAGCGGGCUUGGGUUUGUCCCUUGGCUGUGACAGGUUUAAUCUCUGUGGUGACGUCGUGUUUCUGUGGGCCUGGGACAGGAGGGGGCUUUGGCAGGCAAGGCUUUCCAAGUUCAGGGCUUGGCCAGGCAAGGCUGAAUGUCUGUGAGGCAGAGCUUGUAGCUGGGUUUUUUACUGAGGUUGUGGUAGAGCAUCCAGGUGUGGAUGAAAUAUUUGCAAGCACUGUCCACGUCUCUCUCCCAGCCCCUCUGAGGAUGUGUGAGGGAAGUGCACGCUCCGGUGUGGCAGAGGAGGAGGGGAGGUGUGUAACAGGGAGAGCUGGGCUGCAGCUGUGGCCCAGAGGAGCAGUGCAGCCCCCACGCUGUGUUGGGCUGCUGGGGCAGCUGCGCCUCCCCUGUGUCCCCAGCAGGAUGUGACUCCGAGGAGCUGGGGCUGCCUUGGGCUGCAGGAGAACAGCCCCGAGGGGCUCUGCUCGUUGCCUCCUUUGAAAUACCCAACCCUUCUGAGGAGGGGAGAGGCACGCUGGUGUUGCCCAUGGGGACAUCAAUAAAUGACGAGGACAGACCCUCUAGGGUUUCAGCUGUCCGGGUGAGUUGCCCAUUGCAGCCUAGGGCUCCCUUCCCUGCCUGGCCUGCUCCCAAGCUCUGCUGCUUGGUUACCUGCAUGCUGACAUCCCUGGUGUUGCUCCCCGGUUCAGCUGUGCUCAGGCAGCACUUUGGGUGCCCUCCCUGCCAGGCUCCUGGGGUUACUGGGGAUUCCAGCUCUCAUUUCCUUACAGGAACUGUUUGUGACACUACAGUGGAUGCCAGGAGAGGAACAAUGGGCUCUGUCACUUGGGCAGGGCGGGAUGUGUGUGCUGCUUUAGGAAGCACCUGGGUGGUCUCUGAUUUUAAAACUGAUCCUGUUAUGACUUUGUUUUCUCUUCCAUUCCCUUUUUUGUCCUGUCCCAACUAAGAGGGGGGCUCCUUGCAUGGUGACACCUGGGUGGUUACAGUCCAGCUUGAUUCCCUGUGCUCAAGAACAACUUUGUACAAGGUGAUUGAAGUAUCUCGAGUUGCAUCGUUCUCCUUGCCUGGAACCUUGGGGAGUUCUGCAUCUGCACUCCUCUUUACCCAGUGUGUGUUCUGUAAAACUAGGGUGUAUUACAAAUACAGAGUGAGAACUUGCACUUUUCUGAAAAGUUUCUGUGUACUGCUAUGUGGAUUUAGCUGAAUGGAGUGUUACAAGUAAUAAAAUAUUCCCUUUGUAAUCUCAA